AGAGAGAGAGAGAGAGAGAGGUGGGGAGAGAAAGAUGAGGGGAGUUGGGGGUCCGUUAUUGUGCAUCAGCGAUCUGCUAAGCGACGUCGGCGAAGAAAGCUCCGGCAGCCCCCACGAUCACGCCUCGCCGCCUGUCGCCGCCGAAGUUUCUAAACUCCCGGCGUCUGAAAUUCCCAAGCUAUUUCAGGAAAAUUUCAAUGAACUGAAAGGGGCACUUAAGGGUGAUGAUCACUCAUGGACUGCCCUAACGCUCAAGCUGUGUGCUGCGUUGGAAACUGCAAACAAGUUGGUUGAUUCUACCGAUUCCCACGUUGCUUCCUUGUCUGAAAAGGUUGAGGAGCUGGAACGAAUUGUUGCUCGGAGAGAUUCUGCCAUAGCAGAAGCGAAAGCUAUCCAAGAUUCUUCUGGAUUAUGAGAGAAGCUUGGGUAAGAGUAAGGAUUUAGCUUUAGGGUUGGAUUACCUAACGGGGCGUUAUAUCGUGAACGGAUGGAGUAUUUUUUUUGGUUUUCUGUUAUAAAAAGCAGGUCUCAAUUCUCAUCAUGUUCAACUGCGCUAGUACUUGUAAAAAAAUUGCACUAAUAAUUGCUCAAUAAAUAAAACGAAGUUACAAGCUUUAUAAA